AUGCCUACCUGGCCGAGGUCUAAUCAUGGCCCAGAAAAGCCCGCCAAGAUCAAGGCACCCAAACCACCCAAAGCGCCAAAACCACCUCCACCAGAGAUUGUCAUCAUGAUGCCCAGGCGGAGGAAGCAAGAGUUUGGAAUGGGCACCUUUGGAACUGAACCCAUGGAUACUAUUUCUUCGCCACCACGCCUUUCUUCGGUUGGGCCGGAACCAGAGCUGGGACCAGACCUGGAAGCAGAGGCUCAUUCGACGACACAUACCGCCCCCACCCCUACCAGUUUAUCUGAUCUUCGCCAGGACCAGGAUGAUAAUAGAGUUCACCAGCAACACGCAACAUUGACCCCACAGACUCCACAAACCGCCGUCAGCAGCGAUAUAAAUACUAGAGGUUACACCAACUCGACUGUACAGCAUAUACAGCAACAAGAACAUCCAGGGAACUUGCACCUGUCAUCCUUGCAACCGUUCGGGAGCAGCAGUGACAAUAGCAAAACCACCCAUAGCCACAACGGUCAGGUGCUCCGGGAUCAACUAUCACCGUCCUUCAAAACACCCGGCACUCCCGCCACGCCAGGAUCAACGGGGCUCGUUACCCCUCAUUCCAACCGCACAUCCUACUUUCCAGCAACCCCUGCAAGCGGUAACACCUCGACCACAACCUCCUCUGCUCGCUCAACAUCCACCGCCGCCUUUGGAGGCAACCACCAUCACCACCACCAGCUCCAGCAUGAAGUGAACAGCAGCAGUAGUACUCUCAAACGCAACAACAGCAACUCCCUCUCCGUCGUCGACAUCCCCUCUCGAGCUUCGACCCCUACUGCUACUUUUACCCCUGGCCCCGUUGUACCUGAAACAACUAAACGCUCUCGUCAUCUUCGAUCUGAUAUCCCCCCUGCAAUUGUUACCCGUGCGCAUUUCCCCCCUUCAACCUCCACUCCCACUACCUCCCAGCAUUACAACAAUAUCUACCAAACACCAUCUACCCCUCGCAUGCCCUCCGCCUUCUCAAACUCGACCCAUGAUAUCUCUUCUGCUUCGGGCAUUUAUCCAACCCCUGCAUCCUCCCUAGCGACUGCGACCACUAUGGCGACGCCCAAAACCCCCGGCUCGAUGAGCGAAUGGCGAAUGAUGCAGAUGCAGCUCCAACAGCAGGAUGACCUUCACUUCUCCCUCACUCUGCCCUCUGUCAGUGCGCUUUCGCUCAAUAUCCCAAAUAACAGGAUGACGAAUGCGCUGUCGUCUUCUUUUGGGCUGACUCCCGGGUCGGGGACUGGAUCUGGAGCCGCGUCUGUUUCAGGGGCCUCCUCUACGGGGUCAUGCUGCUGCUGUUGUGGUAACCUGCCGCCUCCUGCUGCGAAUGUUUCCACACCUGGGCCAGCAGGAGGAGGAGCGACCGUUCAGAGUUCGGGGUCCUCUGCGACCAUUGGUAAUGCGACGCCAGGACCCGACUCUGCUGCAACAACGACACAUCAUCACCACAGUUUCUUGCUGCACCCGAAUUCAUCGGCAAACACUUUGGCUGCGGCGGCAGCUCUGGCAGCAGGACCAGGACCGGGACCGGGAGCGGACGCAGGAGCAGCACCUACAUCGAGUGGACGCGGAAGCGAACCCCAGCAAGCUGAUUUGCAUAGCAGUGGUCAGUGUCUGUACAACCAUUGCAACUUGAGCAGCACAAGCACCGACUACUUUUCGACCCGUGACUGCCAGACCCAUGGUCAUGGACAGCAGCAGACAUAUUCACAUCCACACGCACACAACACGUCGUCGGGGUUGCCUCUUGCCGACAGCACCGCGACUCUUGCGUCAGAAUAUGCUGCCAGCUCAGUCGACCCAUGCGAAUCAGACAACGGACAUGGAGGAGCCCCUACUGCACAACACCAUGCUCAGCAUCAGCAUCAACAUCAGCACCAGCAUCAACAUCAGCAUCAACAAUUCCAUCACCACCAAUUGCAAUUCAAUAAUGGACACUUCAAUACACCGAGCUCUGCUGGGUCAGACGCUCCCUUGAAUAUGUUCAAGAACUACCCGUAUCUUUUGCGCUCAGCACCACCAGGGUCGGCUGUGGGUGGUAUCGGAAGCAAGAGGAGGCAGCACUGCAAGAACUGUACGCAUCACAAUCGGCGGCCCUCUGUUAGCGGAGCACUUUCUCCAUCCUCGACAGUCGGAGGAGUUCCGCAGAGUGUCCUUGGAGGGACUGAGAUGGAGACUACAGGGUCUGGCACAUCGAUUACAGGAUCCGCUGGACAACAUCGACCCUCUUCGCCCUCGCCGGGAUCUUUCAGGAACUUGUCGUCUAAACUGGCUGCCACCACUAUCCGCAAACUCUCGAUCUCGCAAAAGUCGUUGUUCAGCAGUAGCAAGGAGGAUCUGUUGGCGGGCAUCAAUUCCUGUCAUUGCUCUCAGGAGAACCCCAGUCGUGAAGACUUGAACGACGCCUUCGCUUGUGAGCCCUCGAAAGCAAACGGUGGUGGCUGUUGUUGCUGUGUGAACCAACAUGGCGCAGGAGGACUCGGCGACGGGUCGGUCUGCAGUGGAGACGGCAACUCAUCAGCAACACCGGGGAACAGUGGCAACAGCAAGGGACUAAAGAUGCCGAGCAAGUUGAGCCUUCGAGGACCCAGCAGCGCUGGUAGUGGAGGUGGAGGAAGUCGGUAUCGCAAGGACAAGAGCAAGAUUCUGCGCAAGUCGCGUGAGAUGGAGUACAACCUUUCCAGCCAGUUUGUCCGGGAGGAGUUUGCACAGUACAACUAUGAGCGUCAGAUCGAGGACUUUCAACGGGCGGCGCGUGUCUUCAAGGAACAGAAGGCUCUCACCACAGCGGCGGCGGCUGCUUCAAUUGCGGCAGAGGCACGAGUGGCGAUUGCGGAGGCGACACAGGCAGCAGCAGCGGUGGCGGCCAAGAACAAGAAGCAACAAUCGUCGUCAUCAUCGGCGGUUUCAGUUGCGGUUAGCACCAUUCAGGAGGCGGAGGAGGACGCGAACGACAGGAAGGAGACGACGAACCGACAUAGUACCCAUUCCAACGAGGGCAAUUCAAAGUCCCGUAAAAAGUCGACCACCUUAAACACACGGUCAGCAGGGAUCCUUCGGUCAGUCUCUCGUCCCCAGCGUCGCGUUGGAUCCAGCACAGUUUCGGCGUCCAGCGCCAAGUCGUCAUCUCGGAAGGGCUAUGGCAGUAAUGUUGGAGGAGUGAGCAUUCAUGGCUCCCGAGGCAGCAGCAUCCACACUGGCAAGAGCGAUGCAUCCUAUCUGGAACUCGGUCAGGUCGGCAUGGGCAUGGGUACGGACCUGAAGCUCCCGGGACUUGGACUCGGCAGCGGAUUUGGGUUCGAUGCCAUGAACUUUGAGCCCCUUUCGGAUAUGUCUUUAGCUGGAAGGCAGAGCAUGACCCAGAGCAAGGAUUUAUCCGCAAUCGAUGUGUACUCGGCAACGAUUUCUCAUGACCGCAGCGAGGAAACGGCGGCCUUUGAGGAUAUCCCGUUGCGCGAGAUGGCUUUCUCUCUACCUCUUUCUCGUCAUGGCAAUGGCAAGGACUCGACGAUCAAGUUGCAGGAGGAUGUCCACAGUCUCAAGGGUCGACCCUCCAACGUCAGUCAGGAUUCUCGAGGAGGUUUCAUCGGUGCGUCAGCAGCAGGAGACGCGGCCAAGAAGGGUGAUAUUACACGGACUGGACGGUCGGUGCAUUCAGUCUGCAGUGUCGACACAGUCUCGCAACAAAUCUCGGCCCGCCACCACCAACACAGUCGACUCGCCCACCUCAGCAAUGUGGCAAGUCUGCAUUCUCAAUCUCAGGCGCUGCACUCUAACUGCGAAACAGCUGUCGGUAGCGGCCCUGGUGGUUGUGCUGCUGUUUCAGGAGGACCUGGUCUGGGCGCUGGACUUGGUGGCGGAUCAGCAUCAAGUGCCUUCCAAAGUGCCACUGGAACCAUCCUCGAGAACUCGCCCAUCCAGGUUGUCCGCGCUACUGUCGGAACCGUUGACGACUCUUCGCUGCCCUGCUUCACCUUUCGGAUGUGGACUCUCUCGACAGUCUUUGUGGUCAUGGGCGCGGCCAUUGCCGAGUACAAUUUUUUUCGGAGCAACUCGGCCUACUUUUCGAUCUACUUUGUCCAGCUUGCGUCAUAUUUUUGCGGGAAGGCUAUGGCUAGGUGUCUGCCUACGCGUGAGUUUGAGCUUACGAUUCCUGGACUCAACUGGCUUUUGAAUCGGAGACGCCAUGGCAGUGCUUGCAAUGCUGGCAAGGAUGCAAGCGAUGAGGAUGAUGUUGGCGUCAACUCGGACAACAGUACCUCGAGCGGUGAAAGGCGAUUUGGGUCUAAUGUCACCAGAGGACCUAUUCGUGGCACCGACAGGAAUGGACUCGGACGAUCCAACAUCACGAGCACCAAGAGGGGAUUCGGUAGCGGACUUGAGGCUCCGGCUCAGCAACGGAGGCGGAUCUCGUGGAGGUUUACCUUGAACCCGGGAAAGUUUAACAUGAAGGAGCAUAUGCUCAUCGGUGUCGCCGCCGCUGCUGGAUGUUCGCCCGCAUAUGCGACGAAUGUGCUGGCAAUUCAAGAUUUAGUGUUUGCUCUGCCCCUGGGUUCGCUGACUGGAAUCGGUCUUGUUGUUAGUUCGCAGUUGAUCGGCUUCAGCAUGGCGUGGCUGUUGUUCGACUAUGUUAUCAAGCCCUCGGUGAUGAUUUGGCCAUCUACGCUUGUGAACGUGUCGCUGUACAACACUUUGCACGAGCACAAGAUUUUGACCCGUUGGUUUACGAGGAUGCAGCUGUUUUGGUAUGCGUUCUUUGCAGUGUUCAUCUACCAGUGGCUCCCCAGGAUGUUCAUGCCGGUCUUGACGUCGAUGGCUCUCCUCUGCUGGAUCAACCCCUCCAGCAACGUGUUGAGGAAGCUGGGCAGUGGGUACAUGGGCCUUGGCAUGGGGUGCAUCUCACUCGACUGGUCCAUCAUCAGUGGCGUCGGUCCUCUCUUCACACCUUGGUGGGCGCAAUGCAACUUUUUCGUGGGGCUAAUCCUUAUGCUGUGGAUAAUCACGCCGAUCGUCUACUUUGCCGACUACUGGUCUGCAAUGUCAUAUCCAAUCGUCUCCUCCAACCUUUUCGACAAAAGCUCCGAGCUCUACGAUGUCUCGCAGAUCGUCAACAAGGACCUAUCGUUCAACAUCACAAUGUACGAGAGCUACUCGCCCAUCAUCAUGACGCCUUACUUUGCUAUCACCUACGGAACCAGCUUCAUGGCCGUCAUUGCGACAUUUGUCCAUGUCUCGCUCUACUACGGAUCUGACAUUUGGCUGAUUGCCAAGACACGGUUUACACGGAAAGUCGAUCGUGUUCAGGCGUCGCCUUUUGUGAAGUCGCUCAAGGUCUUGUUUGGCGAAGGAUCUCAGUAUGAAUCUGGACAUGAGACAUCUCAGUCGAGGACUACUGGACACGCAUCUGUCACGGAUCCAGGACAUGCGUAUAUUGGUCUUGAGGGCUCGCCGUUGGGUGGACAAAGGAACAGCGAGUCGGUGUCGUUCAGAAACGAGGUGGUAGAUGGUGGUACUGGGAUGGGCGGGAUCUCUGGGUUGGAAUCUGUGGAUAAUAGGAGCUUUACUCACUCACCGCAUUACCGCCAGAUGUCACAGCCGUACCAUCAACACCAGCCUCAGUAUCAGCAUCAGGAUACGUUGUUCUCCUCGGGACUUGGACAGUCGUCUGGGUGUCCCUCGCAGCAGAAAGCCAACCACUGUGUGGAUGAUCGAGACCAGAUCCCGACCGAGAUGUUUGGUACCGAGGAUAUCCAUACCUCUCUCAUGCGUACCUACCCAGAGAUCCCAGGAUGGUGGUUCGGGAUCUUAUUUGUGAUCUGCUUUACGAUGGCGGUGUUUGUGUGUAUCACUUCUGACAUCCGCUUGCCCGUGUACGCUCUAAUUUUGGCAUUGGUUCUGGCCGCUGUGUUUGCUAUCCCCAUGGCCAUCAUACAAGCCCUCUCCAGCUCUCAAGUUGGUCUCAACGUCCUCAGCGAGGUCAUUUGUGGCUAUCUCUUGCCUGGAAACCAGUUGGGAAACUCGGUAUUCAAGUGUUACAGCUACAUGGCCCUCUACCAGUGUCUGAACAUGACACAGGCGUUCAAGCUGGGCCACUACAUGAAGGUCCCCCCACGCAAGAUCUUCAUUACGGUGAUCUAUGGUACUCUUGUCGGUGCUUUUGUCAACCUUCAGGUCUUGGACUGGGUCCUGCAGCAUAACCGUAAUGCCUUGUUUGAUUCCAACCCACACAGUGGAUGGUCGUUCAGGAACUUGGACCUGUUCUUCUCGGCUUCUCUCCUCUGGGGCGCCAUCUCCCCUAAACGGCUCUUUGAACAAGGGUCGAUCUAUCAUUUCCUGCCCUACUGCUUCUUGAUUGGAAUCUUUAUCCCGAUCCCGUUCUAUGUCAUGUACCGCCAUUACCCGCCUUUUGGGACCAUGUGCAAGGGAGACUCUUGGUUCUUCUUCUUACCUAAGUGCACAUGUCCUACUGCUGCUGCAGAGUCGACAACGACUGGUGAGGAGGUGGUGGAUGGGCAGAUCCGGAUGCAGGAUAUUGGGAGAGGUGGUCUUGGAGGUGAAGGGGCGGCGGGGCCAGAGUCGGCGGAGAGUAAGAUGGCCAAGAAUUUGGAGGCUGGACAUGCAGCCGGGUGCUGGCCUUUUGCGCACCGCCGCAGUAGCGGUGGCAGAAGUGCCGGUGCAGGACAGGAUAAAGCCCUGACUGACAAAUCUGCCGACUCUACCACCACCACCACCACCCCUCAACACUCUCCUAUACCCGCCCCAAUCCCACCAACUCGUCCACCACACACAUACUACGGCCACCCAGAAAGCGUCUGGGACAACCGCCUCCGACGUGUCCCCUGGCACCUCAUCAACACCCCUCUCAUCUGCGUCGGCGCCAGUUUUGUGCCCCAAGCGCCCGCGUCUUUUGUCACAUCCGCAGGACUUGUCGCCUUUACUUUUGCGUUCCUGGUGCUUCGGUUCCGGCAUGAGUGGUGGCGGAGGUAUACGUUUGUCCUUGCUGCUGCCCUGGAUGCCGGGACACAGAUCUGUAAUAUGGCGAUCUUUGUGGUUUUCUCGUUGAUCCUGAAGGGGGCGGUAGAGUUCCCGAGGUGGUUGGGGAAUGAUAUGGUUAACCCUGAGAAGUGUGGGGUGGGGGAUGGGUAUAACUGA